AGGUUUGCAGGAGGCAAUGCAAAGCCAAAUAUAUUUGUUUACAAUUGGCUGCAUAAUUGAAGUUUAAAAUCAGAGCUGAUUCAGAAUGAAAAUGCGCCCGUUGGAGAUUUCAGUUUCUUGUCCCCUUUGCAAUUGCAUUUACUAAUUCUCUGUAAACUUCACCACUCUCUCUGCGCCGCAAAUGUCACAUAGCCACAACAAUUUUUGUCAAAAUGAAGGACUGAUGAAAAAUAAGCCUGAGCUGAAGACAUCAAAGACUCUGCAAUGGAUGCUUAUCAUACACCAACUAAAAGCAAAGGGGCCGAUGGGAGCGUGCCGUCCACCUCUGGCGUCUGUUCGUCCACACCGACGGCGCCGAGCCCGUCGGUGCGCCGGCGCGCGCCGUCACCCUCGGCCACGCCGGUGAAGGUGGAGCCGCCGUCGCCGCCCUCAUCACCGCCGCUGGCGCUGCGGCCGCCCCCCUCCGAGGCGGCUGCUAAGAUGGUCAACAACCUUCGGAGGAGCGUGGAGAGCGUGGUGCACCGGCUGCAGCAGCGACCGAUCGUGUACGCGGCGCCGGCACUGCUGCUCGACCAGCCCGCCACGGUGGACCGGCGCACUGCCGAGUCCCCGCGGCUCUGUGACGACUUCUGGAGCCACCUGGGCGGCAGUCCCGACUCGAGACGUCGCCGCGGCGCGCCGCCGGCCGAACUGUCCGAGGAGGAGCACCGCCGAAAGCUGCUGUACGCCGUGACAUCGCUGGAGACGCGACUCAGUGGCGCCGCCUAUCCGUCGGCGGAGGUACUCAGCUACCUGCUGCGACACUGCAAGGCCGACUGCGAGCUGGAGGUGCGGCGCCGCUGUCUGCGCGCGCUCCGCAGGAUCGCCUUCCUGCACCCGCCGCACGGGCGUCGAAUGCGCGUCUUGUACAAAGCCGUGCUGGCGGGACCAGAGGAGGACUGGAGGCCGCUGCGCUCCUCCAUAGAGCGGUGUCUGCGGUCGGCCGGCGGCGGUGCGGCCCCGGCACCGAACAGACGCCGCCGGGACCCUGAACAGACGGGCGCCGAGGUCUCUCAGGAGCAGCGCCUGCUGGACACCGAGCUGCUGGACCUGCUGGUCAGCCUGCUGGAGGAGGAUGUGAUCUUCUGGUGGCGGGCCAGCGGAAGGCUGAAGCCGGCCACCCAGCUGCAGGACCUCCGUCCGGCCGUCUGGCCGCUGCUGGUAUCCGCCCUGUGGACGGCCGACCAGCAGCCGGGCGCCUCGGUGGCCGCCACGCGCGACCUCUGCCGCUGGCUAGUGGAGGCGCACGCGCCGCGCGACGAGCCCCCCGAUAUGGUCACCCGACGGUUAUUGCUGCGUCUGAUGGCCAUGGCUGCCGAGGUGACCCGAAUCCGGGGUCAGCACAGCCUCCUGGAGGUCACGGACGACAUGCGGGCGAUGGCCGGUGACCUGACCCGCGCCGUGCUGGAGAAAAACCUGGAGCCGUCAGCGGUGGAGGAGCUGCUCUGCGAGCUCCGACCCGCCUGGCUGGUGGCUCGGCUGGCCGCCUGGCGUCUGCAUCAGCGUCACGGCCGCCGGUGGCUGCCCGGGCCGCUGACACUGGAACUGAUCCACGACCACUUUCUGACGGAGCAGGAGAAUCGCACCCCGACCGCGGACGAGAGAGGUGUGCGUUUUGUUGGCUCGAACGGCGCGCUGACGGCGCCGCGUCCGGCUCUGAAGCGGGCCCUGUUUUCGCCCACCGGCAGCCCGGCCAAGAAGGCCAGGGUCACCUGGAGGCUCGGCGAGGGCGAAGGUGAGGGCGACUCUCUGGGCUCUGUGGACUUGACCACGCGCAACACCACCGACCGUGAGUACUCUGUGCUGGUCUACCACCUGCUCUGUGCCCACCUGCUCCACACGGGACUGCCAGAGGUGCGCGUGCACAUGACGGGCCGCCUGCUGCGCGAGGGGGCCGAGGCCGGGCGCACUGUGGUGGCUGCGCCGUCCUCCUCACGCGUCAGCAAUGUGGACCUCGUCGCCUACCGCCGCGAGCUGGAGUGGAUCCAGGACAAACUGUGGCGGCGCGACGGCGCCACGCACCUCGACCCGCUCUACCUGCGCUACAUGAAGAUGAUCACCAAUCUGUGAUGAGCGCGUUCAAAAGAGGAGACCUGGUGCGGCCAUGUGGAGAUUAAUAUCGGGACGUAUCUGGUGAAGAGGAUUCGGCCAGAUACAAAUAGGACGACUUUUCGGGUCGAUGGAACGAGAUGCUUUACUGCUUGGGUGCUUUCUUAGAAGUGUAGCUGUCCUGGGGCGGCCCGAAGACGAUCUAGCAGUGGCAGAGACUGUGUAGAUCGCUGCCGUCACGGUGCUGUUGCCAGAACGGAAUAUGAUACUCGGGUAUCAUACCCAUUCACUCAUUCGCGUCCAUUGUGUAUCAAAGCCAAGAGAGAAGGAAGAAUAGUGAAUGGUACAAAGUCGUACAAAUCAUUCAUUCCCCCAGUAAUCAUUUUUCAUCCUAGAGGUGUUAUGCCUGCGACUUCACAUGCGAGUUUCAUGAGCUGGGAUGUGCACGAUGAUGCUAGUUUGAGGUAGUUGAUAUUAAAUCAGAGUUAGCUGAGAGUGAGGGCUGCAAAGCAAUCCAUUUGAAGUAGACAUUAGGGUUGGUCUGCUUGGCCCACUGCCACAGCGCUCCAGUUCAUCAACUGAUCAGGUCACCCUGCUUACAGAAAUUCCCAUGAUAUUCCUAUUUAUUUUUAAGCUAAGAUUCGCCGCUUGCUUUGCGACAAGAUGCGCGAUGCUAUCGCUGAUUUCGUUAUUUUAUUGUUACUGGUGACGUGCGUUUUCCUCCUUUUUUGAGAUUUUUGUCUUUUCUACGAAUGUUAAGCUGUUGAGAAGUUGCCUUUGGGUCCUCCAUUUCCAAAGCUGGAUUCGCCCAUUUAAAAAAUCCCGUUUGGGCCCCGGCCAGUUGCGCCCUGUUUGAUAUGAUGAUGAACUAAUGCUGAAUUUCCGAUCAUCGGAGAGGUGGUGCACAACUAUUCGCAGGUGGCGAACGUGCGCCGUUAACAUACUCAUCAAUGGGGAGCAUCAACUUGGGCUUUCAACGGCAUAUUAAAAAGAUUGGAUAUUCAAAUUGAUUUCUCGGAAAAGAGCCGAGCCAUUUCGGUUUUCGAGUGUAAGGCAUUUCGAACUAUGGAUAUGAUCUGUGUGGAGAUUACGUUUUUAUGAUUAUUUACGUCGCAGUAAUAAACAACAAAGUGGCUA